GACGCCCUACGGUCGUAAUGAACAACCGUUUACUAUUGAUGCCAUAACGGGAGUAAUCACGGUGAAACAACAGUUAGAUUUUGAGAACAGAACCUUCUACAAAUUACUGGUGAAUGCAACGGACGGGGGUGGACUUUCAAGCCAGUCCGAGUUGGUCAUCACGGUAACCGAUGUCCCAGACUCACCACCAAUCUUUGAUAGACUCUACUACAUGGAACAGGUGCCAGAAGAUGCGUCCAUUGGAAGGAUCAUUACAACGGUAACGGCUCACGAUGGAGAUCUUGGAAUAUCCAACCCAGUCACCGUGUCCAUGGAACAAAAAGGAGUAUGCUCCACCCUGUUUGCUAUCGACAAGUCAAGCGGAACCCUCACAGUGGCGCGCUCACUAAACCGAGAAAGAAAUAAUCUUAAUAACGGAAAUGGAGCUUGCAAUAUUACAAUCAAGGCAACAGAACACAGCGAACAAGGAUCUCAAUUUGGUGACUUAACAUCAACGACCUUCGUCAUCGUUUUAAUCACGGACGUCAACGAUCACCACCCGACGUUUAACGUGGCAACAUUCACGGGGGAGGUACUGAGAACAGCUCGAGUGGGCAUGCCCGUCGUGGUGGCGGAGCCAAUCAUUGUGGAAGACAAAGAUAUGGGUAUUAACGGUGCUAUGGAGUUUUACUUGGAAACUGUGAACGGAACACACGAUGCCACGUUUGAUGUUAUACCGAAAAUGGCGUUUUCUUACGCCCAGCUCUAUUUGAAAGUUUUGAAUUCUACCGCUCUGAGAAAUUACAAACAUGAACGGAUUUCACUUGGGGUGGUAGCUCGUGAGAGCAAAACCCAGCGGAGACAUUCCAAUAUGGUGACAGUCCACAUCAAGAUCAGAAACCAGAUUACAGAUAUCUGCAGCCACGUGCAUAGCUAAUUAAUUUAUUGUAAAUUUGUUGUCUGACAUCAUCACGUUACUUUUAAAACCAAUUUUGAAUUUCAAAUGUCUGCAGCUAGGUUACUAUUGUCUUCGUGUUCCAUAUCUGAUGAUCAUAAGGUACUUAUUGAUUAUUUAAAGACACGCCAGCACAAAUAAGCUAUAUACUUAAUGCUGAAGUUAAAUGCAUCACAGCAGCACACAAUACAAUACAAUACAAUACAAUACAAUACAAUACAAUCUUUACUGCAACAAUUGUAUGAGUACAGUGGUUAAGGGGACAGACACAAUAGGCCUAAACUUUAUGUACAAUGUCUUUGUCUUUUAUUGCCUACCAGAAUACAUUCAGUUAUGCAAAAUCAGUUAAACGUAUUAUUAUUUCUUCCCAUAUACGUUUUAAAAUUACAUAUCUGAGUGGUGUGUUUUGAAUGGAAUUAAUUAAUGCUUAACCUGCUAUGAAAGUCCAGUCCCUAUAAUUGUGUUCCGAUAUGCCGGUCAUAGGCGGGUCUAACUCCGUAUGCCUUUAUUUCGUCUUAUUAUACAAUUAACACAGUGUAAGAUUUCCUUGUAUAGUUUUACCGGAAUAUUAAAUGAAUAACAGAAGUCGCAA